GUUUGGGCACAUAGGAAUACAAAAUAGUGAGAAUACUCGCUUCUACCAACUUCCAUCGUUCCUAGUUCCGACUCAUCAAUCAUGGCUUCCCUAUCCACCUUCUCCAACUUCCUCACUUUUUUAUUCCCGCCAAAAUCACAACCACCACCACCACCACCACCAUUACCACCACUACCACCACCGCCAAACCUCACCAUCCGCAAACCCUUACACCACGUGACGCCACUGGAUCACUUCGAUCAAGAUCCACCUUAUUCUUGCUCAUCGUCUCCGUCGUCGCUGUCGUCGGUGGUGUGCCCGUCGCUGGCGCAGACGAACACGAUGUGGGCUGGCGUCAUCCAAGAGUGCAGAAGGAGGAGGUACCACGAAGACACACAGGAGAAGCGGAAGCGCAAGUCACGUGAGGCUGCUAAGCGUAACCGCAGAAGGCGUCCACAGUCAAAAUCAUUAGCAGAAAACAAGCAGGCUAUCAAAGAAACCAAAAAGAAAGACGAUGAUGACGAUGAUAACUGGGAUCUACCUGAAGAUAAUGCAUAUAUUGACCACUUCUAAAUAGGACUCUACACUUUUUUGUAAAUUCUACUAAUCUUUGUGAAAAAUCGCAAUUAUGUAUACGUGUAUAUAUACUUGUAGGAAUGUAUAGUCUUAAGUCUUGAAUAGAGGUACAUGCUAUAAGAAAUAGUUGUAUUAAUAUGAAUAGAAAUUAUUAUGGAAAAAAUUAGAAAAAAUAAUCACCAAUAUCAUAUAGUAACAAAAAAAAAGCACAAAUAUCAUAGUUAUAUCAGAUUGUAAUAACUCAAAAUGGGCAUUGAGUUGGAAGCGUGCCAUUUACCAGCAACAUCUCCUUCAAUUGAAGACGUACUUUCCAU